AGGUGAUGCAGAGGAAUAAUCCUCUGAUGCUCUAAGUGGCUGUCGAUGUUUUCAGCUGGUGAACAGCACUGGCAUAAAGCACACGUAUGAUCUGUCUGUUCUUUUUUUUUGCAUUGGAAGAACAUUUUUUUCUUUCAGUAUCAGCCACAGGGUUAAGACCCCUUCUUUUGUCUAUCCUGUGGAAAAACAAAGCUUGAGCUUGGAGAAUAAUUGCUGCAGGUUUGAGAGGAUUUUCCAUCUAGUUACUGUACAGCCUUACAGAAGAACAAGGUGAAAGUACUAUAUAGGGUAUAGGAUGUCUCUGUCGACUCCUGUGAAAAGUUCUCACAAGUGGAGGGAAGAUCUGCAGCAGUUCCGCAGAAACCAUGCAAUCUCAAAGAAGGUUCUUCUCAGCUGCUGCCUGCUCAAACGGAUUAUUGCCUGGGCCACCCCCAGCAUCCAAGACAGUAUCGAAGAUGAGUUGGAAUUGGCUACCGUCCGCUACCGUCCUGAGGGACUGCAACAGCUGGAGGCACAAACACGAUUCACGAAGAAGGAGCUUCAGAUCCUCUACAGGGGAUUCAAAAACGAAUGUCCCAGUGGGGUCGUCAAUGAAGAAACCUUUAAAGUGAUAUAUUCCCAGUUCUUUCCACAGGGAGAUUCUACUACAUACGCACACUUUCUGUUCAACGCUUUUGACACAGAUCACAACGGCUCUGUGAGUUUUGAGGAUUUUGUCAUGGGUCUUUCAAUUUUGCUGCGGGGUUCUGUCCAAGAGAAGCUUAAUUGGGCUUUUAAUUUGUACGACAUAAAUAAAGAUGGCUAUAUAACUAAAGAGGAGAUGCUGGACAUUAUGAAAGCUAUAUAUGAUAUGAUGGGAAAAUGCACAUACCCUGCCCUGAAAGAUGAAGCACCCAGGCAGCAUGUGGAGUUAUUCUUCCAGAAAAUGGACAAAAACAAAGAUGGAGUAGUUACCAUAGAUGAAUUUAUUGACUGCUGCCAAAAAGAUGAGAAUAUAAUGAGAUCCAUGCAGCUCUUUGAAAAUGUCAUCUAACGAGGUGUUUACCAGCAGCACUUUUAUGGCCAGCACCAAGGAUUCUUCAAUGAAUACAUUACAGGACUUAUGACUUCACUGAACCACUCGGCAAUCCUAUCUAAUAUAUAUAUAUAUAUAUA